AAAAGGAUAUCACAUAACGUCUUUAAGGUCCCGGGAUAAAAUUAGAAGAAAAAAACCCUGACAUAACCCUAUUUAAUUUAAUUUUCAGAGACUGUUAGAGAACGCUAUAUUGUUAUCUAAUCUAAAUCAAAUUUUAUUUAAUUGUAAAAAUUUCUCAUUUGUUUGUUUAACGCUUAACCUCUGCACAGAGCAAUAUCAAAAAGUUGUCACGAUCAUGAAAGAUGUUGAGAAAUUUUGAGAUUUUUUGAAGAUAUAUCCAAAGUAUUUUGAUAGUUUUAUCUGAUUAUAUCAAGUUAUACGAUAUUUCUGCACAAUCAUAUUCGAAACGUGUUACUAAGGCAAGAUUCUAGUUAAAUUAUAUGAGAAGAAAUAUAUUAAAUUAUCUACCUUAUGUAGAAUCACAUUCGAUUAAGUCGUUACCCCGAACGGCUAGGAUUGGAUUAAACGUUUGUCGCUGGAAUAAAGCCGAUUAAAAAAAAUGUUUUUCUAAUCAACAACAUGACCAGAGUGACUCGGACGAAUGUCGUGGGCUUUGAGCAUUUUGGUUUAUAUAUUCAACUGAUAAUAGACGAAAACACUCUGUAAUUGUAAACUUUAAGGCAAUUUUCUGAAUGCUACAUGGUUUGCUGUAAUUUAAACCCGUUCUGCUAUUUCAAUUACGCACUCUUGUGCACAGUCGUGUUGACUGUAUUCAAUAUUUGUUACUACUUGGAUAGAUCCAUCAUUUGUUCAGAGAGAUUUGGAAAUGGAUUCCAGUGUCUACCAAUCGUCAAGCGUACCUGAAUUGGAACCUACAGAAUAUGACUUUAUGGUUGGCGAAGAGUUCAAAAUUGUAAUCAUAGGUCCAACAAAAUCUGGGAAGACAUCAUUCAUUAACAAAUUAGUACAGUUUCCAUUGUACAAACCUGGUCUGUUGUGUGCAACGACUUCAGUCAUUAAAACCCAUUGCUGGAAGGAGGACGGUAUUGAGAUUGUAAACAAUAACAAAAGAACAAGUCACAAAAAAUUAUUUACCUCUAGAAAAGCGUUACAGGAUUUCAUGGAUUCACACAGCGAUGAAAUCCAUUUAUCAUUCUCUGUAGAUGUUUAUAUCAAAACUGAAAGGAGACAGAUGGGAUGCGUUUUCAUUGAAAUUCCGGAGAACCUUAUUAAGACGGAAUGGGAACCAGGUUUCUCAACAGAUGUUUUGAUAGUGUUUGCUAGCAUUACUGAUAGCUUGAUAACACAACCAGAAACGAUGAAAUGCACGUUAUCAGUCUAUCAUGAGAAACUAGUAUUUGAUACAACUAAGACAUACUUUGUCACAAACAAAUGGGAUACCCUUAAUGGUGACGAGGAUAAUGUUCUACAUGAAGAGGAUAACAUUAAACCUCUUUUCGAAUCUUCGGUGAAAAAUGUCUGGCCAGUACCAAUCAAGAAAGACCACUUUUUUUGUAUCAGUUUACGGCGGACUUCCAGAUUCAGCAAGGGGCUAGACAUGUUGAUAGAGGACGUUGAGAAUACUGCAACAAAAUACUUUCACUUUACAGCAGACGACGCGAUCGAGAAAACCAUAUCGCUCACUCAACAAUUAUUGAAGCUUCUACAGAUGGAGGAAUUUCCAGGGCGUUUAAAAGAUGAGCUUUCAAACUCUUCUCCAAAAUUGUUGGAAAAUCUCAAGACAAAAGGCGAGGAGCUGAAAACAAUUGAAUGGUUUAUAGUUGUAGCAGGUGACACAAGCGCUGGAAAAACAACAUUAAUAAAUCGAUUAGUUGGGCAUCAUAUUUUGGUUCCAAGAACACUUGCAUCGACAGCAGCUGUGUGUAGAAUUCGAAAAUCAGAAAAAAUGCAAAUCAAUCUCUACAACAAAGAAAACGAAUUGCUGGAAAGAAAGGGCUUUAAGGAUGUCUCAUCAUUGCAUGAUGCUCUUCGAAACUACACAGAACUGGAUAAAAAGAAGAAAGUCAACGACAGAAACAUACAUUUUGUCGAUAUCAACCUGCCUUCGGAAACGUUGCAGAACCGCACAGUACUUGUGGAUACUCCUGGCAUUGGACACGAUCAUAUAUUGGAUGAUGUUCUUUUGGAUUACCUUCCCAAUGCGUCGUCCUUCAUUUUUCUGGUCGAUGCAGCAAACGCAGGAGGAACACAUGAGGACAGAUUGAUGAAAAUUAUGAGAGUCGUGGUGGAAAAACAAGAGAAAAUGCCAUAUUUCAACUUAAAAGAUGUACUGUUUUUGACAAACAAAUGGGACAGCGUGGAAAGCGACAGCGACAGUUCUGAAGAUGAAGCAGAGGGGGAAGGAGAAAAUAAUCAGAAAACAAGGAUGUAUGAUUUUAUCAUAGGGUCAUUAUCACGGGAAUGGCCUGCUGUGUCGAAAGAUACUGUUUUUCAAGUAUGUUUGAAAAAGGAUGAAAGUGAAUAUAAGUCUGAGUUCAAGCGUUUCCAAAGAAAAUUCAUCGAAGUACUGGAGAAAAACAAGUCUGUUAGGAUGUGUGAUGACUUCAGAUUCGUCUGGGAAGCAUUUACCAACAUUGAAAGAGUAGUAUGUGCAAGACUUGAUAUGCAGAGAAAAGGCGAGAAACAACCAGAGAGGAGAAACGUCUCUCCUGAAUUCCAAACAAAGUUCUCAGAGAUGAAAGAACAAUUGCAGCUAGAGAUCAAAUGGGUAACAUCAACUUUUGCGACAAGAUGUCACAACUAUCUUCAAAGCGAAAGAGGAAAAGAAGAAAUUUUGCUGAAAGUGCCAAGUCGAUCAGUUACCACAAUCCAUGCCCUAAAAAGUGAAAUAGCUUCACUUUUGAUGAAUGCUGUUCAGCUGUGGCUAACUGGUGACCAAAUGAGAACUUUGAUUAGCGGUAUAAACAAAAAGAUUAGAAGCUACGUACACGAUCUGGAGAAAGAGUUACUAAAGAUGCAGCACGAAAUAUUUGAUGUGAAUACACCCUACUUUACUGGGUUAAAUGAUCACAAUGCCAAUAUAUCUGCAGUUUACAGAGCUCUUCUUCCUUGCACUAUAUCCAUGGAUUUGACAGACAGGGUUAUCUUGCUAUUGGGUGAUUCAGUUAUGGAAGGUUUAAAAGAAAAUAUCUAUGGAUUUUUGCUAGACAAGCUGGAUACAGAUGCUAUAGAAAAGUGUUUGGAAAUGUCCAUUCAGCGUAAAUACGAUAGUAUCAUCGAGCGAAUCCACGAUGCAUAUUUGAGAAAAGGCAAAAGCAUUCAAGAGACAAUGGAGAACAUAAAUCUAGAGGGAUCAACGAUGUUACAUUCAUGCAAAGAACUGGCAAAGAAGCUCGGCGAUAUUCGAAGAAGUUACAGACCUCUUCUAAUGAACAUGGCACGAUGGGAUCGUUUGUAAGCAUGGAUAACAUCUCUUUGAAAGACAGUUUAUGUUACUUUGAUUUUUCUUUGUACAGUUUAUUCAAGAUUUAGCAUUCCACUGUUAGAACAUCCAUUCAUUUUUCAAUAUUACAUUUAUAGUGGCACUGUGGCUCUAUUAGAUAUCAGUUUAGGGAGGACUUUUAAAUUGUUUUAUUGUUUUCCACUUUUCAUAUAACCGAUUAUCGAUCCUUUUGUGAUGUGAGAAGCAUUGCUCUCUCUCUCUCUCUCUCUCUCUCUCUCUCUCUCUCUCUCUCUCUCUCUCUAUAUAUAUAUAUAUAUAUAUAUAUAUAAAACCUUGAAUUGUAUAUUCUCUUGUCUGUACUGCUUAUUCUAACAAGUGUAAUACGUACAUAGAAAUAAUUAAUCAUAAAAAUUGAAAAAAAAAAUCUCAAU